GAUCAUUGUUGUCUCACGUUCCCUCUUUUCUGUUUUUUCUCAUUGAACAGUCAAUAUGCCAGAGGAUUAUCCCAAUCAGUUUGAUGAGGUCAUGGAUUUUAUUCAAGCCACCAUUAAAAGACUGAAAAGGUCCCCGGACAAACAGAUGGCCGUGCUUCCUAGAAGAGAGCGCAAUCGGCAGGCCCUGGCCGCCAGCCCGGAGAAUCCCAGGAGGAAAGGCCGGCGAGGCCAGGGGGGCAAGAACCGGGGCUGCGUGCUCACGGCCGUCCAUCUGAACGUCACUGACUUGGGGCUAGGCUACGAAACCAAGGAGGAACUGAUUUUUCGGUACUGCAGCGGCUCCUGCGAGGCCGCCGAGACGAUGUACGACAAAAUAUUAAAAAACUUAUCCAAAAGCAGAAGGCUGGUGAGUGACAAGGUGGGGCAGGCCUGUUGCAGACCCAUCGCCUUCGACGACGACCUGUCGUUUUUAGACGAUAACCUGGUUUACCAUAUUCUAAGAAAGCAUUCCGCUAAAAGGUGUGGAUGUAUCUGACUCCGGCUCCAGAGACCGCUGAGUAUUGCAUUCCUGCUGCGGUGCAGAGA